UUGUUUACAAAGAUGGUGGCUUCAGAAACGGAACAUUAUUAGCCGAUCUCCAGGCUCGUUUUUUUCUUGAACAUGUGUUGGGAAGAUAAAAGCAACAAUGCAAGCCCAUCUGCUGGAAGGAAUGAAUUUAUUGCAGUGAGCAGGUAAACUGAAUAAAAGUCUGAAAGAUGCGUCGAGUGCAUUCAUGCUACUACAUUUUGUCUUCGACCGCUGGGUAGAUUUCCGUGGAUCAUGUUAGAAUAUUUCUAUUAAAGAAUAUUUAUUUGGUCACGUCCACCUACAGAGAUUAUCGGAAAAGUGUUGUGUGGCGAAUUGCAUGUUUUCUUUCCCAAUUUGAAAGGUGGUCUCCUCCAUGGAUGCUAGGAAGGGUGAAAUUUUGAAGAUUACAGAGCACGAAUGGAAACUUGGUAUCUGUAUUGGAAGGGGAACAUGUAGUGAGGUUUUUGAGGCUGCUGGGACCCUCUGCUAUAAGAGUGGGCGUAAGAGAGCUGUUAAAGGAGCUGUCAAGGUUUUCAAGGAAGGAUCACAAUUUGAACAAGCUGCUCUCAACGAGAUAAAGAUUUUGCAGUAUUUAUGUCAUGAAAGUGAAUCCCUCGACGUAUAUUACUUUGUGCAUUUAUUGGAUUACUUCCUUUAUAGAGGUAAUUUCUACUUGGUUUUUGAGCAGUUGGAUUGUCAUCUUCAUCACAUUUUGCUUAAGUACUCAGGCAAAGGUCUUCCUAUCUCUAUUGUGAGAAGAUGUUCUAAGGAUGUUGUGAAAGCCUUGAGCUUUUUAGCCAUCAAAAGAGUUGUUCAUGGUGACCUAAAGAUGUCCAAUAUAAUGUGGAAUCCAAACAGAGGUAUCUUUCAACUGGUGGAUUUUGGACUCAGUUUCCUUGAAGGACAUCUUCAACCCUCUCAGCCUCUUCAGAGCCCUGGUUACCAAUCUCCUGAGGUGCAAAUGUGGAACAGACUAGUUCCUCAUGGUACAACUGAAAAUAGUAUGUCGAAAUGUUUGUUUGCUUGUGACAUGUGGAGCUUUUCUUAUGUACUAUGGUACAUGUACACAGGACACCCAGCUCCCAGACAUGAAUUGCAUGAACCAGUCUGUACCAUGUGCUUGCAAGAAAAGGAUUGUAUGCAUUUCCAGCAAAUCCAGAAGGAAUUACCUCAAGAUGAAAGAGAGAUUACGCUUGAACAACAUAAUUUUUUUCUUGACUUUGUUAUGAGAAUGAUGAAGUGCAAACCAGAGCAGAGGAUAACACCUUUUAAUGCCAUGCAGCAUUCCUUUCUUAACGAAGGUUCCACCUGGAAUGUUCCAUUGGGUUUGACAGAGUUGUUACUGCUUCCAACUAGAAUCUUACAGCUGACCAACAUUCUUUUAGAAGACCUCUCCACUGAUUUACAAUUUGACGGAUUGAUGGAUGUGAAGGAGGAGUGCGCAAAGUUUGGUGCUGUGAAGGGAUUCAAGUUUACUGGUGAUUCAAAUACAGGAUAUAAGGUGUUUGUCGAGUUCUCUAAUGCUGACGACUGCUCGCGGGCCCACAGUGCGCUCACAGGACGGGACUUUAAUGGCAGGACAGUCAUUACCAGCUUUUAUCCCAUAGAUUAUUAUUAUAUUGAUUACUUUUGGUGCUGAUACUUUUUCUGCAAGAUACAAAAAAAAAUAUGAACUUAUCUUCUAUGCUCCUGUUUGUGAAUUGAGGAAAAAAGAAUCUUCAUCUGAUUUCUACAAAUUUUUAAUUCAGAAGUGAACCAAAGUUAAACCAUAUUUCUGGUUUGGAAAAAACAUUCCUCUUAAAAUGUUUUCUCCUCCGAAGAGUAUACAGAGGUACUAGUGGACCUGAGAAUGGCUGUAGGCUUACCUUCCAUGGACUAGCAGCCUUUCUAGGAGGAGAAUUAAUUGUGUCGGCAAACUUUGAAGAUCAUGUUUUGUUUACUAUCAUGAUAUCCUAAUCCAACCCUUCUCCCAUGGCUGUUUUAAAUUGUAUUUUCUUCUCCCUCGGCUUGCUUAAAACUCUGUUGGAAAACCCCAUGUCAAUUAAUCCCAUUCCCAGGCACUGCUAGGGAUCUUUCACCGAAUUUUAUCUUGUCGGGGUACUCCUUAAGGGUCUUGUAUUUUCCCUACUUACCUUUUACUGUCAUUGGCAAUUUCUUUGAGGUUUUAUUAUUUUUAUGGUAUUGUUUGAAUAAUUGUAAUUAACUUAUUAAAGUUUUGUUUGGAUAACCUCAGGCUCUCGUAUAUCUAUCUUUUGGUGGGUUUGCAACGUAGUAUCUUAAGCACUUAAAGGAUUCCCCAGUCGAUGUGAAGGUUAACUUCCAACCCCAGUUUUACAAACUCCAAUGCAGUCUUGGUUACUGUGUUUCAUACGCUUUCCUUUACCAUUAUGGGUACUGCGGGACAAAUCUAGACGGUAAUUGCGAGUAAUUGAUCCAGUUCACCCAGCGAUUGUUUCCUUGAUAGCCUUAAUAUGCAUUUACGAUAGAACUGUACCCAAUUCCAAAGUUGCCAAGAUAUGACAGUAAGCUAUUCUCACUACACUCGAAUUGUUUGUAAACAUUGCGCGUGAACGCUGCAGCCGUGGUGUUCAUAGCACAGAAACUAUACGAUCCUAAAAGGUACGUGGGACUGAAGAGAGCCUAGCGCAUAACAAAGCAAAUGCUAGUGUGUUCUUCGUUUUAAUAACUAAAGGGUUCUGUUUAAUUAUCUUAACAAACGUGGCCAGGUUCAUUGACAGCUCGAGAUUGCGUAGGGAAUAGAUAACUCCUAACGUAGCAACUAAGGAAUUGGAUGCAGUUUCUGACGCAAACACAUUCUUGAGGAGGUCAAAACAGAAAAAAAGAGAGUUCAGGCUAACUGGAUCAAUUCGUCGGCCUUUUCGUCCUACGGAUUGCCCUUCCCUGCCAGUAUUGUAUGCUUUCAUGUAUUUGGAUUAUAAAAAAUUCGCGUGGAUUAAAUACCUUGCACAAUUAAA